AUGGUGACUGGAGGCUCUCCCGGCUUUCUGAAGACCAGUAGUGCUAGAAUAGGUGUAGGUGAUAAUAGUAGAGGCGAAUCGCAAUGUCUGUCGGAUGGGACAAGGAGGCAAAAUGGAGGGGAAAUCGUGACGGGUGAGAGACGGACAGACAGACAGACAGCGCAGGCUGGUUUGUGCCACUUGCCCAAGGUGGCGCGCAGUUACCUUGUGUGUGCGUGUCCUCUUCUUCAUUGUAUUUUGAUUGGAGCCAAGUUGAUCGCUCAGGGGCGGUGGGGCGAAACCGUGAAAACCAUACUAACGACAGUGAUGACGACCAUGGGACGUAAACUCCUCAACCCUGCACGUAGCAGUGGGUUCACAGGGCUAGUUGACGAGAAGAAUUGA